AGGCCGGUCUGCAAUCUCGUCGCUCCCCCUCCCCGCGGUCCGCCUCCCGGGCUCCGCUGCAGCGUCAGCCUCGGUAGGGCCUCGGCGCCGGCGGCGGCUAGUCGGUCUCAGUCCCGGCGCGCCUUGGUGCCCAUCGGCCCCCUUCCGCAACGCCUCCCGCCCUCACCGCCCCGGUGCCGGCCUAGGCCGCGGACUCAGCUCCGGGAUUGUGUUGGCGCCGCCUGCUCCCGGCCCGCCCCCUAUGGGCCCCGGCUAGAGGUGCCGCUGCCGCCGGCUCGCGGAGCCCCGAUGCUGGCCCGGAGGAAGCCGGUGCUGCCGGCGCUCACCAUCAACCCUACCAUCGCCGAGGGCCCGUCCCCUACCAGCGAGGGCGCCUCCGAAGCAAACUUGGUGGACCUCCAGAAGAAGCUAGAGGAGCUAGAGCUUGAUGAGCAGCAGAAGAAGAGACUAGAAGCUUUCCUCACCCAGAAGGCCAAGGUUGGGGAGCUCAAGGAUGAUGACUUCGAAAGGAUCUCAGAGCUGGGAGCCGGGAAUGGCGGGGUGGUCACCAAGGUCCAGCACAGACCUUCAGGCCUCAUCAUGGCAAGAAAGCUGAUUCACCUGGAGAUCAAGCCGGCCAUCCGGAACCAGAUCAUCCGUGAGCUACAGGUGCUGCACGAGUGUAACUCCCCGUACAUCGUGGGCUUCUAUGGGGCCUUCUACAGUGACGGGGAGAUCAGCAUCUGCAUGGAGCACAUGGACGGUGGCUCUCUGGACCAGGUGCUGAAAGAAGCCAAGAGAAUUCCAGAAGAGAUCCUGGGGAAGGUCAGCAUCGCGGUUCUUCGGGGCCUGGCAUAUCUCCGGGAAAAGCACCAGAUCAUGCACCGAGAUGUGAAACCGUCUAACAUCCUCGUCAACUCCAGAGGGGAGAUCAAGCUGUGUGAUUUUGGGGUGAGCGGGCAGCUCAUUGACUCCAUGGCUAACUCCUUCGUGGGAACUCGAUCCUACAUGUCUCCAGAGCGGUUGCAAGGCACUCACUACUCGGUGCAGUCGGACAUCUGGAGCAUGGGCCUGUCCCUGGUAGAGUUGUCCAUCGGAAGGUACCCCAUCCCCCCGCCGGAUGCCAAGGAGCUGGAGGCCAUAUUUGGCCGGCCCGUGGUCGAUGGGGCAGAAGGAGAGCCUCACAGCAUCUCACCGCGGCCAAGACCCCCUGGACGCCCCAUCAGUGGUCACGGGGUGGACAGCCGGCCAGCCAUGGCCAUCUUCGAACUGCUGGACUAUAUUGUGAACGAGCCGCCUCCUAAGCUGCCCAGUGGUGUCUUCACCCAGGACUUCCAGGAGUUUGUGAAUAAAUGCCUCAUUAAGAACCCAGCUGAGCGAGCCGAUCUGAAGAUGCUCAUGAACCAUGGCUUCAUCAAACGGUCCGAGGUGGAAGAAGUGGAUUUUGCUGGCUGGUUGUGUAAAACACUGCGUCUGAACCAGCCCAGCACGCCUACACGUACCGCUGUGUGAUGGGUCCAGCUGGUGGCCUGUCUGAAUCCUCUCUACUUGCCCUUCCCGCCCAGGACAGACUGGCUCCUCCCCUCCCUCUCCCGCCGAGCCUCGGAGGAGACCACGCGCACACGGCGGAACAUUCACUUCCUCUUCUACCUGUCGCAGCCGAGGGCCUUCUGCUCUCUGGGGAAGGGUGACACUGCCCAUGUUGUCUCUCAGAACCUGCUUACUUAGGUUUAAAAAAAAAAACAAAACAGGGAAAGAAAAAGAAACCAAGCCCAUUGUACUUGUUCCAUUUGUUCUUUGGGUGUCAGCCUCCGGUCCAACCCCAGGAAGAAGAGUGUCCCUUGAGGGCAGCCCUAGCCCCCAGCCAACCGGCCUCAGGGAGAUUGGGGUGGGAGUGGCAUCAGGAACUGGCUUCGCUCUCUUUGCAAGGGGCGAAGCCUCAGAGGGAACCCCAAGACAUUGGCAUCUCUCUCUAAAACAGGAAGCGCUGCCUUGCGUUUCUGUGUGUGGUUCCCUUGCCUGACACCUGCCCCCUUAAAAGUGACCCUCAGCAGCCUCAGAGCGAUCAGCCGGUUGGUUGUCAGGAGGUCCAGUUCCCUGGCCACUGCUGCCUCCUGUCCUGCAGCCUGGUACCGGCGACCCUGCCUGUCUUCAGCAGAGUGUGACCUGCCCCAAAAGGGUUCUGAUCCUCUCCUGUGCCUUAGGAGCAGUCACUUCAAGUCUUCCGUAGUGGCAGCUGAACUGACACUCGACUCGGCGGAAAGGAAGUGUUGGGUUUCCAAGCUGUCGGUGUGGUUGAAACCCCCAGCCGAUCCAGUAGAUAAGGCCUGUGCUCCCCCUCAGCUGCAGAUGUGGGUGGGUGGCACCCUCAGUCACCUCUGCUCACGCAGAGCGAACCAAGAGUGACCACCGAGGGCAUGUCACUCUUUUGGGUCCUUGACCUGUUUGUCCACAGCCGGUUGUAAAUGAAACGGCGACAGGGAGGUUGUCCUAGUUCCCAAGUCCGAAGGGGUGGCCGGCCUUCCUGCCUCAGGGCUCCAAUGGAGGUCUGUUCUGGGUCCUCAGGCGGUAGGAAGCGGGGGAGGCCAGGCUCCCCUCCUCCAAACUGAAGAUGUUAAAGCCGUCAGCCGCCCCCCUCAAUACUUCCUGAUGGCUUGAAACAAGCUGAUACUUAUCUGUGGCACAUCGCAGGGGAAAGGACUCUCUGAGAGGGACGGGCCUGGUGCGGUCCAAGCUGGCCCUGGGUGUCUGGAGGAGGUGCUCCAGAAGGCGGGCGCUUGUGGCCUCUUGGAAACUGCUAGGCCCUUUUCUUAGGGAGACCCUUAUAGUCUCCCAAGUUGUUUUUCCUGUGGACACCAAAGAGAAGACUUGGUGGCCCUUUCAACCAGCUUUCCAGGUUUCUGUCACUUCAUAGUUUCCCCCAAAGUCUCACCUGAUU